AUGGAAGAUGUUGUGGUGAUAUCAAGAAGCAUCGUUCGUCCCAGCAGAGAUGUAAACCAGUCUAAAGAGAUCCAUCUGACUCCAUGGGAUCUCUUUCUUCUCAACCUUUGUUAUCUUCAAAGAGGUCUUCUCUUUGCCAAACCUGAUCCAAGUUUUGAUCUAAUCUCACGUCUAAAAGCUUCACUUUCCGUUGCCCUCGACCAUUUCUACCCCUUUGCUGGGCGUCUUGUCAAGACAAAGAAUGACGAUGGCACUGUCUCGUUUCUGGUCAACUGUGAUGGCUCAGGUGUGGAGUUCGUUCACGCCUCAGCACUCAACAUCGAGCUCAGUGAUGUUCUCCAAUACUCAGGUUCCAACGACGGUCUCUUCCCUGCAAACGGAAUCAAGAGCUACCAAGGUGAGUCAAACCCGUUACUUAUGGUUCAAGUAACUGAGAUGAAAGACGGGGUUUUCAUCGGUUUUGGCUACAACCAUACCGUGGCUGACGAUAAAUCAUUAUGGAUGUUCAUCAAUGCAUGGUCUGAGAUUUGUUCAAAGGAUACUGGUGGUGGAUCUACUACUCCCAUGGAAAUUAUUUUGCCAGGUUGGUUUCUCAAUGGGAUCCAUUAUCCGAUUCGUAUACCAGACCCUGAAACAAAAUUUACACCCAUUACUUCAACAACAAGUAACUUACAACAGAAGGUGUUUCAUCUCACAAAGGAGAAUAUUUUGAAGCUGAAAGCUAAAGCCAACAGUGAAGCUGGAUCUGAUGAUCUAGCCCUGGAUAAGAGGACCUCUUCUCUUCAAGCUGUGUUGGGACACAUGUGGCGUUCAACGGUUAGAAACAGUGUCAUAAACCGAGAAGAAGAGACACACUGCAGAGUACCGGCAGACAUGAGACUCAGGCUAGACCCACCGCUGGAGAAAGAGUGUUUUGGGAACGUGUGCCAGACCGGGAUAGUCACAACAACAGUUGAGGAGCUGCUGGACCAAGGACUAGGCUGGGCAGCUCUACAAAUAAACAAAAUGGUGGGGUUGCAAAAGAAUGAAACAUUCAAAGCAUUUGCUGAGAAUUGGUUGAAAAAUGACAAAAAUUCAGUUCGUUUCGGGAGCAACUCUCUAGUUGUUACUAGCUCCCCUUGGUUCAAACUGUACUCCAACGAUUUUGGUUGGGGUAAACCGAUCACAGCUCGAGCUGGACCACCGUAUCCCAAUGGGAGACUAGUCGUUUUUCAGGGUGCAGAAGAAGGAAGUCUUGAUUUACAAGUUUGUUUACCAUCUCAAGUACUGGUAAACUUAUCCAAGGAUGUUGAGUUUCUGGAGUAUGUGUGUUAAUGAACAAUUGGAUCAAGGGUCUCUUGAUGCUUGCUCUUUUCUCCUAUUAAUAACUGAGCAAAACCCUUAGUUUUUGCUUUUGCGUGUUCUACACUUUUAUGGUCUCUAUGUGUAACGAAAUAAUCAUUCUAUGUGACUAGGGCUGAUAUUUUCAGUUUAAAGUCAAGUUUGAUUUGGAUUCAGUUCGAUUUGGU